UACAACCACGAUCGCGAUCGCGUGUCUUGCUCGCUGGUAGCUCUAGCUGGUUGUUGGGUUGGUGUUAAAAAAUAAAUAAAUGAAAUAAAAUAAAAUAAAACAAACUAUAACAACAAAAAAUUAUAAAACAACCCAAAAAUAUCUGGCACUGUUGUUAUAUUUAUCUAACAAAUUCGAUCGAAUCUUCGUUGACUCGGUGACUCGGUUCGGCCUGUCGCGCCGCGAAACAGUCUACUUCGGCGUACUGAACCGUUCAGACGCGUGAAAAGAAACUCUCUUCUCUGUGGUUUUUUUUUGUCCGAUUGUGUUGAUCAAAAUUUACUUUACGUCUUCUUUUAAAAUCAAGUCAAAAAAUAAAUCAAUCAAAUACAAAUUUCAAAAAAAAAUAAAAGUGUAACAUUUUAAUUAAAAAACAAAAAUUAAAACCAUUUGGAAAUUAACACCUCAACUCAAAUUUACAGAAAAACAGAGAAUUAAAAAUUUUAAUUAAAACAAAAUCAAUGAUGAUUUCUCACAGUCCACCUAUAUUUAGCCAUAGUCCGCCAGUCAGCUUCCUGUCUGAAUUCAGGAGUACCCAACAUUUACCUUUCCCCGAUGAUCAACGAGGCAGAUUUUGUCGGCCGCAGGCACUAACACUGGCGUCUAGAGCCAUUGCCAACAAUGCAAAUUCACAAGUGUACCGAGGACGAACCAAUGGAAUUGAACGUAUGUCAUCAGCUCCAGAGAUUCUGUUGCCACCUAAAUCGUGUAUUCGACGUUCGCAAACAGAUAAUCAUGCCAAGGAGAGUCCAUGUGCGAAAAAUAGCAAUGAGAGCCGUUUACGCAAAAAAGUGAUAUUUGCAGAUGAUGAGGGUUUAUCAUUAACCGAGGUACGCGUGAUGUCCGAACCCUCAAAUGUACCCCCCUACUGGAGUGUCAAAUUCUUGGAACAAAUCACACAAGGCCUUGUUAGCCCUCAUCCAGCAGAUCAAUGGGCUGUAGAUUUUAAACAACCCGCAUCCGACUAUUUGUCAUUUAGGCAAAAAAUCGAGAAAGAUUAUGUUUGUCUGGAAAAUGUGAUUGUUAAAGAUGACGAAUCUAUCAUUGUGGGAACUGUGAAAGUUAAAAAUACAAACUUUGAGAAAGAAGUCAUUGUGCGUGUUACAUGGGACGAUUGGAAGACUCAACAAGACAUGUUUUGUUCAUAUGCAAGGACUUACGGCCCAACCGCAGCCUAUGUGAUCUUUGAUACAUUUUCAUUUAAAAUAACCCUGCCCCCAACAUCUAAGCGACUGGAGUUCUGUAUAUGCUACCGAACAGCCGGAAAGGAAUACUGGGACAACAACGACAGCAAGAACUACACAAUUACUAAGAGAUCGCCCUUCUAUUAUCAUGCUCUGGCUCCUUAUGAACCAUACCGACAUGGUAACCAAGUCUCAGGCAUGUCGAAGCUCUCGAAUGCAUUGUCCAAAACUGCAAGCCUUUACAACGCACAGGAACCCAGUCCCUAUUACUGAUCGUAUCGAUCCAAAUAAAUUGGAGCAAAAUUUUAUGCAAUUCGAGACUCAGUUAAAGAAUAUGAAACCAGAAACGAAUCCUAAAUAGAGGUUGUGUGUAAAUAAAAGUAUAAGGUUGGACUGAGUUGUGGAUCGAUACGCACCUCAAAGAAAAAAAAACCUCUGCCUCUCAGCUUGCAGCUUUAAGCUGCAAUCAACGGUCAAUAUACUUUCAACUAGACCAUGGAACAAACCACAUUAAUGACUAUUUAAAAAAAUUAACCAUAUGUUCUACUCAACAAAAGUUUUAUAUACCUAUUCUUUAAAAUCGUGUAAACAACACACUUCCUAUACCAUUAGUUUUAACUCUGACCAACUGUCGUCCUAGUUAAAGAUUUUUAAAAUCGAUAGUCUCCAACUGUGCCAUAGUGUCGUGAUCAAUGUCAUUUUAACAAUCCUCCUUUGGAAUAUAAAUAAGAGUGUUUUUGUAUGCAAAUGAAGAUUUUUUUAAACCAGCAAAAAAGAAUUUUCAAUUUAAUCAGGGAGUAUGUAUUUAUCAUUUUGAAUGAAGUUACUAUGUUUGGAGAAAUUUUAAAAAACAUAUAUUAAACAAAUUUGAACCUAUAAAUAAUUUUAGAAAACAAAAAACAGAAAUACUGAAACCAAAAGACUGAGAUACUGGUGAAUUUCGUACUAAACACAACAAAAAUUGAUACAAAAAAUAAAUAAAAAAUGUUUGUGUUUGAUGUAAAUAGAUGAUAGUUAUGUUGAUGAUAGUCUGUAAUUAAUUGUACUUCUACCCUUAUUGAGUUAUUUUUUAUUAUUAUUUUUUAUUGUUUAGGUGAUGAUGUAUUAUAUAAGGAGCUACUUUUUUUAUUAUAAAUUUUUAUUUUACUUUAAUGUACCUACUCUAGAUGUAUAAAACAGCGAGGUUGAUUUUUUUAAAAAACUAUACGAUAUCAAUUCAUUAUGUGAAGAGGAAAUCAAUGACAAGAUUUAACAUUUAUUGUAUAUUACACUGCUUAAGAUGUUUAACUUUUCUAUUGUAGAAUAAAAUAUAAAAAAAAGAUACAUGAAAAUAAC